AUGUGGAUACGUCCACCUCUGACCUGUAGGGCAUAUAAGUACUGUUCUGGCCGCUGUCUCACUAUCAAAGUGAGCAUUGUUACCUUUUUGAGGCAUGCUUGGAACGGUGGGCAGAGCCGUGGCCUUGACGUUAUGCUCACUUUGAUGGCUAUAGCGUGCGUGGGUUCGAUUCAUGCUGGCAGACCUGGUCCACCUGGCAGAUGGUUGACUACCCCGCACGGGUCCAGUCUCAGCCGAGCCGGCUCAUCUGUGGGUGAGCUGAGGCACAGCCCCAUUACGUGGGCUAGUGCCGUUGCUGCUGGAAGGUCCAGUACUUAG